AACCAUGGCUGGAGCUGGCCGCUGACCAAAGGUUUUGUCUUGCCUAAUUCAGGCUUGCUGCCGUUUGCACUUUGUGUCAGCUGGCUUGUAGAUUCAGGGAAGGAAAUUUCAUUCAAUGCUGCGUGAUCCCUGUAACACACAGUGGAAAAUGGACAAAGAAUUGGGCCUGACUCUGCUCCUGGUUCUGCUUCUCUGUCACAAAGGCGAGACAGAGUCACAAACCUCUUGUCCAUACAAAUGCCAGUGUUUCACUUCGGUCCAAGUACUGUGUGCAGAUGAACGGAUGAUAUCUCUGCCCAGUAAUAUGUCCAAGCAGGUCAAGGACGUCAUUGUAAUGACAUCAGGUGUGGCGUACCUGUUCUCUCACACUUUAGGAGAAAGCCCCCAACUCACCAAGCUCAUCUUCUUAAAUAAUGCACUACGAAGUAUUCACUGUCAGGCUUUUGAGCGUUUGACUGAGCUGCAGGAGCUGGAGAUUAGUGGAAACCCCGGACUGGAGCAUUUGAUUGUGGGGACUUUUUCAAAGCAGACAAACUUGACUAAACUGCUGCUCAACUUCAACAGGUUCAAGACGGUGCUUCCCGGCAUGUUUGACUCCCUGAAACAGCUAGAAACUCUGCAGAUGAAAGGAAACAUCCUAUCAGAUCUGCCUGCAUUUCUUUUCAGCAACCUCCAUAACCUGCGUGUCCUGGACUUGUCCCAGAAUAAGCUUGAGGAAGUGAAAAGAGAGACAUUUUCUGGUCUGACCAGGCUGGAGAUCCUGAAAGUUAACAACAACCUCCUUACCAAUCUUACAUCUGACACAUUCCACAAUAUUUCUCAGCUAAUAGAGCUUCACUUGGAGUGGAAUAAGAUAUCAGAGCUCACUGAUGGCAUCUUCUCUGUGUUAACCAAGCUAAAGGUGCUGAACCUCCGUGGAAACCGUCUCACAACCUUCAGCGAUGAAGUGUUUGGAUUCAACGUCUCAGAUUUGAAGGAGCUGAACCUUAAAGGUAAUAGACUGACUGAGCUGUCCUCUCUCAGCCGUCUGACAUCUCUUUCGGAUCUCAUCUUGUCCUCCAAUCAGCUCUCCAGCCUUCCUGAAGACAUUUUUAAAAAUGCUACCCUUCUGGAGAAUCUGGAUCUCUCAGAAAACCAGCUCACGUUUCUACCUGAGAGAAUCUUCAAUGGUCUGUUUGGUAUCAAAGCGAUCCACCUCCAUAAGAACAAUCUGAGCAAGGUGGAGCCCAAACUGUUUGAGGACCAGUUGCUCAUUCAGCAGCUCUACUUGUCUGAUAACCAGCUGGAAACUCUCCCACUGGGCCUUUUAGACCCCUUUGUCAUCCAGCACACAGUGAGACUACAUGGAAACCCCUGGAAAUGUGACUGCCACAUGUGGUACCUACAAGACUGGGUGCUGAGGAACAGCCAAGACAUAGAGAUGCUGGACAGGAUGCUCUGCAAGGGCCCAGCCUUUUUAAGUGGACGAACGGUCGUCUCCAUCGACAAGGACCAGCUGGUGUGUCAGGUGCCCAAAGGUGAGAUGGCUGAUAUCGGCAGCUGCAGCCUACAAGCAUCCAAUGACAUCAUGAUCAUCAAAUGUAAAGUGGAUAAAUGUUCUCCACUGACAGUAAAGGUGCAGUUUCGGGAGCAUGACGGGAAUAUUAAGGAGCAUACUUUGAAAAAUGAGCCAGAACAUUCUCAGUGUAGCGGUGUGACAAUGAUGGAGAUCCCCAUCCAGUAAUUUUCCCUGUCAACAAAAAUCUGCUCCAUCUGUAAAUAUGUCCUCACAGGUUUGUUGUUUCUUCAUACUGAGAGUCACAUUAUAUGCUCUGACUGUUCUGUAAACAAACCUCAAACUAAGCAGCUGAUAACCAGUAUACAUGAAUGCAGCUGAAUGAUAAGAGGGGUGGAUGAACCCUUUCCAUGUAAAGUUCAAAGUCCAGCUCAGUACUUUUAAAGAUCCUGUCACUGCUAAAAGGAACUGUGAGGAACAUGUUAAUUAUCUGUGUUUUGACUGCGGUGUGUUUGAUCUCCAGUAGCCUCUGCUUCUCCUCUUUAUGUGAUUCACUGGCAGCGUUUGUCUGUUUCAGUCCUCCUGGUAACCAGUAGACUGAAGACUGAAGCUGAAAAUUUUGUCAUCAUCAAAACAAGAGCAGAAUACUUGAGUUUGAGUGUUUCAAUAUGUCCAUUAACAAGCUAUGUACUUUAUUUUGCA